ACGCAUUCUUAUCAGUGUAAAAUUUAGUGAUCAAUGUGAUAAGAUGCAUUGAAGAUAAGUUUAGCAAAAAAAAAUCCCUCAUUUUAGUAUAAGCUUCAUAACCGAGCACAGCAAAUCGUGCCAGACUGGAUUUAAAAAAAGAAAAGAAAAAGAUAGAAUGCCUAAAAAAAUGUAUUUGUGUUUACAGUCAUUCAAAAUGGAUAUGGAGCGACUACCUCUUCUCAAAAAUACUACACGUACAAGUUCCGUGGACGCAGAAGAUAGACGUUCAAAAUUCUUAGGUCCAUCGCAUUUGCAUGAAAAUUACGAACCACACUUACAUCGGCAAGUAGAUCAUCCCACGUCAAAUUUAGACACGAUAAUACAUUUGCUCAAAAGCAAUAUUGGCACUGGGAUUUUAACCAUGCCGCAGGCCUUCAAGUAUGCCGGUUUAUACUUGGGUUUAUUUGGCACUUUUUUCAUGGGAUUCAUAGCCACACAUUGUAUGCAUAUGUUUCUUGCUUCAGCAAAUGAAUUGUGCCGCAGACGAACAGUGCCGUCCAUGGAUUAUUCAGAAACUUGUUACAGUGCAUUUUCAACUGGCCCACCACGGCUUCGAAAGUUUGCACCGCACGCAAAGUAUAUCACAAAUACGUUUUUGGUUUUGUCGCAAAUGGGAUUUUGUUGUGUUUACUAUUUGUUUGUAGCAAAAAACUUACAAGACGUCGGCAACUAUUACUAUGGACCAAUUGAUGUCCGAUAUUAUUUGGUGGUGUUAUUGAUACCAUUGAUUAUGCUGAACUUUUUAAAAAAUUUAAAAAUUCUAGCUCCCGUAUCACUGUUUGCAUCUAUUUUGACAGUAAUUAGUCUUGUAAUUGUAUUUUAUUAUAUUUUACAUGACAUUCCAAGCACGAAGCAUGUACCAAAAGUUGGUAGUUUGAGUGAGCUUCCGCUAUUUUUUGGUAUAGUUAUCUACUCUUUCGAAGGUAUAGGAAUCGUUCUUCCUUUAGAGAAUAAUAUGCGAACUCCAAAAGCCUUUGACGGCUUAACGGGAGUCAUGAACACCGGCAUGGUUAUCAUUGCUGCAUUGUAUGCUGCGAUCGGAUUUUUCGGCUAUUUGAAAUAUGGAGACUGUGUUGCCGCAACAAUCACGCUGAAUUUAGAUCGAAGCUCAAUUGUUGCCGAAUCGGUGCGUGUGAUGUUUGCCAUUGCGAUAUUUUUUUCGUAUAGCCUGCAAUUCUAUAUACCAAUGAAAAUAAUCGGACCUUGGUAUCGUCAGUUGUUUUCAGAACAACGUCAAAAUCUAUACGAUGGCUUAUUACGCAUCGGUUUAAUUGUCCUCACGUUCAUUUUUGCUGCUGUUGUGCCAAAAUUGGGUCCUAUCAUAUCUUUGUUUGGAGCUGUCUUUUCAUCAUCGCUUGCAUUGAUAUUUCCACCAGUCGUUGAGGUGCUUACAUUCGGUUCGAAGGGAAUGGGUCGAUUUCAUUGGAAACUUUUGAAAAAUAUGGCUAUCAUAACAUUUGGUAUUUAUGGUUUUGUAUUGGGUGCCUAUCUGAGCAUUUUGGAUCUGAUGAAAUAAUGGAAUAUGAAAUUAAUUUAAAUAUUAUUUAAACAAGUUUACUUGUACUUGC